AUCUUCCCUAAACAUCUUCUACCGGCUUUUGGUGCCGCCACCUCGCGGGUUUGCCGGGCAGAAUGAAUGUGAUAGAUCAUGUGCGGGACAUGGCGGCCGCGGGGCUGCACUCCAACGUGCGGCUUCUCAGCAGCCUGUUACUUACCAUGAGUAAUAACAACCCAGAGUUACUCUCUGCAUCUCAGAAGUACCAACUUUUGGUGUAUCAUGCAGAUUCUCUCUUCCACGACAAGGAAUAUCGGAAUGCUGUGAGUAAGUAUACCAUGGCUUUACAGCAGAAGAAAGCCCUAAGUAAAACUUCAAAAGUUAGACCUUCAACUGGAAAUUCUGCAUCUACCCCACAAAGUCAGUGUCUUCCAUCUGAAAUUGAAGUGAAAUACAAAAUGGCUGAAUGUUACACAAUGCUAAAGCAAGAUAAAGAUGCUAUUGCUAUACUUGAUGGGAUCCCUUCAAGACAAAGAACUCCCAAAGUAAGUUGAAUUAACAGUUUGUUACCUACUUUCUCCUCCCUAGCCCUCCAAACCCUGCUUCCUGCAUGUUUUCUGUAUGCAUUAGGAAGUCCAUUUGAACAUUUCACUCAUGACUCUGAUUCUCUUCUUUUAAUGGAGUGUGGGUUCAGAAAGAUAGAUGAGUGGCUAGCUUAAGAAACCCUGAGAGUUCAGCUGAUGAAAGAGGUAGCUGGACAGUACUACGAGUGCUUAUUCUUUGGUGUUUUUUACGGUAGAGAAUA